AUGUAAAUCUUACAUGAGGAACUUACAUGUCAUUUCCUUGCUUUGCGUUGAUUGGCUGGUAGAAGUCCUCCUUUUCAUCCUCCCCUUCCCUUGUCGUCUCUGUGAAAGGUCAAAGUCUCAUUUGGUUCCCCAAAAACAACCAACCAUGAGCGGGUGGAAAAUGUCUGCACCCGCCAGAUGUCUGGUCUGCGUGGGACUGUCUCUUCUACUGACAGGUGCGGGGAAGUCCGCGUACGUGGGGAAGAGUCACAGCGGCGGAAAGGACGAUGCGGUGCUGCAGUACGUCGUUGACAACUCCCUGAGGGAACAUCCGGUCCUCGCCAAACUCAGGCUGAGAACUAUGGCGGACGAGCAGAGCGGAAUGAUGGUAGCCAGAGAACAAGCCCAGCUGAUGGCUAACCUCAUGAAACUCAUCAACGCAAGCAAAGCUAUUGAAAUUGGGAUGUACACGGGGUACAACGCACUCAGCAUGGCGCUGGCCGUGCCGCUUAACGGACAAGUGGUAGCAUGUGAAACAAACGGCGUCUACGUGGACAUCGCCAAACCGUUUUUUCAGGAGGCGGGAGUGGACAGGAAGAUCGAAGUGCGACUGCAAGCGGCGAUGACCACGCUAGAUGAGCUGAUAUCAGCUGGAGGGAAUGGAACCUUCGACUUUGUAUUCAUUGAUGCUGACAAGGCCAACUAUGAUGGCUACUAUGAAAAGUCCUUACAGCUCAUUCGGAAAGGGGGCGUCAUCGCUAUUGAUAACGUGCUAUGGGGCGGCAGGGUCGUGGACCCGGCCCCUGACGACAUCACUUCCAGGACACUGGAUGCGCUCAAUAAGAAGCUCCACAAGGACCAGAGGAUCGACCUGAGCAUGGUCACCGUGGGGGACGGGCUGACUAUCGCUAUUAAACGAUAAACGCCGUCCAAGGAACCGGGUCAGUUACGGGUGGGAAACCUCCACCCCAUGUGCAAAACUUGGACCAGAAGAGCACUGGAUGCGUCCCACCAGGAACUUUAAAAACAAAUAAAGCUUUAAAAAUGCUAACAAAAUGUUUAAUAAACAUGUAAACAUAAAAA